CAUCGCCACCGUCCAUUCUGCGGCCGCCGCGGCGAAGGUUUGCCGAACCCUAGCCGCCCACCGCAGCGGGCGGCGAUCUCCGGCGCCUCGACUAGCCGCCGGCCGGCGAACCCGCAGCCCGGCUUCUCGGACACCGGUGGGGGAGUUUGAGGGGACCAUGGAUCCCAAGGAGGAGACGCCGCCCGGGAAACCCACCACCGGCGGCGGCGGCGGCUCCGGCGGAGGCCCGCCGCCUCCGCCGCGGCGGAAGCCGGACUGCAUCAAGUGCUUCGACGCGCUGUGGUUCUGCUACUCGCCGUUCUACCAGAUGCAGUACUACUACCGCUACGGCGAGUUCGACAACUGCUUCGGCAAGUGGGGGGACCUCGUCGACUGCCUCGUGCUCCGGACGAAGCGCGCGGCGGAGGUGGACGAAAUCCUCGCCGCGCGGGAGAAGGCGAGGCCGCACAUCUGGACCUACCGCACCGUCGACGAGGCCUCCGACCACUGGCUGCGGAUGUACCGCCACCUCGUCAGGCCCGGCGAGGAGAGCGACCACCACCACGACCUCGUCACGGUGGUGCGGCCGCGGCCGCCGCCCGCCGCUCCGACGAGGCCUGCGCCGUUUCCCGGCCUCGCCGAUGCUGUUGCUGCUGCGCCGCGGCCUCCGCCGCCCAAGUCCGGUGGUGCUUCUUGAAUGUUUUUGAGUACAGCAACGCCUCCGGUUUUUGACACAGAGUUUUGUUGAAAUUUGAACGAGAUUUAUGGGGGAAAAGAAAUAAUGGACUGUAUCAUGAAGAGAUUGAUAUAUGAAUCAUGUUCCUAGAAAUCAAAUUGAACAAGAAAUCAAGCUGUUUCCAAUCUUAUGCCA